AUCAGUAAAUCUUUGCAACAUAGUGGUCUUUUCAGGCUAUUUUUGUAUCCGGGUCGUUUCGCUCUAAAACCAUUCGAACCCUGUGUCGUUUCGCCCUUAGACCCGUUCAUCCAGGGUUGGUUCGUUCUAAAUCUUAUUCGUACCGGGUCGUUUCGCCCCAAAAAUAUGACAGAAGUGGAAGCUGGGGGUGAAGGUCACAAUUUCCUGAAGUAUGAUGGUCCAAAGCCUGGAUGUCGGUAUCCACUUCGAGUCAUUUACUGUGGAGAAUGUAGCAUGCCAACCGAGUAUUGUGAAUAUUACCCCAACUAUGAAAAGUGCAAACAGUGGCUUGAAAAGAAUCUACCAGAAGAAUUUGAACGACUGAUGGAAGGAAAAGAAGAGGUAGAGUGUAAAGGUGAUGAUGGAGAGGAGAAGAAGAAGAGACAGACACGUGGGGGGAAGGGAAUGAUGAAAGCCAAGAAGAAGGCGGAGCCCCAGGGCAUCAGGAUGUGGACGGCCACGAGGGGCAAGAAGAAGAAAGUGACGGUAAUCACUGGUCUCGCGUCGUAUGAUAUUGAUCUGAAGGAAGCCAGUAAAUUCUUUGCCACAAAGUUUUCUUGUGGAUCCUCAGUGACCGCAGCAGAAGAUGAGAUUGUGGUUCAAGGUGACGUUAAAGACGACCUCUGGGAUAUUUUACCGGAAAAAUGGUCACAGAUUGAUGAAGACAGUAUUGAUGACCGAGGAGACAAGAAAUAGACAAUUAUUUUUUCCUGCCCCCCCCCCCUCCCCCCCAUUAUAUAAUAAAUUAUAUUUGAAAACAA